AUGGGAGCCCCGCAGAGCAAGACGAAACCGAAGCCGCCGGCGAUGACUCUGGUGCCGCAGCCCUUCGACUUCCCUCCCGACGCCGCCCGCACCAGGAUGGCGGUGCCGGCGUACGAUCUCAUGUUCGGGAAGCUCUCGCUGCGCCGCCUCUUCGACAACUACUACCCUCGGCAGCCUGGGAUGAACGUUGACGCACAGGUCCUGCUAAAUCCGCCGCGAGAAGCUCACCUCCAUAUCACCGCCACCGUAUCCAAACUUUUGCAAGAAAAUCAGAUGUCUAACAAUAGCGGGGAGGCUCUGCUGCGGUGGCAGAGGGACUUGGAUGAUCCUCAUAGCUUUGUGGACCUUCUUAUGUCGUCCUCAAAAUCUAUGUUGCAGCUGAGGUCGUGUGCUUACUAUCCUAAGUACGGUAUCGGCGCAUUUGGGACGUUCCCUCUGCUUAUGGAAAACAGGGCGUGUUCAAAGGACUAUGGUGUCAUGGGUUUAAGAUAUGCUUCAGAGAAUUUAUCAGUUGGAGCGUCGUUUGUUCCGUUUCCUUCGCCCGAUGAAGUACCAUAUGGUGCAUGGUUAGUUGGUAGAAAAGGAAGGUUCAGUGGAGGGCUACAAUAUAAGCCACUUGCUGGAAGAAGGCAAUAUAUGCCAUAUACAGACUUGAAGAACUGGAAUUGUGCGAUCAGCUAUGGCACAGGCUCAACUAGCCCACUCAGUAAUUCAUUCAUGUGUACACUAGAGCUUAUUGGAAGUGCGCAGCUGGUUGCAUCAGCCUAUCAACGCCAUAUUCUUCAAAGAAGGGAAAAUGACCAUCUUGGCGAUGAUCAUAUUAUAGGAGCCUUAUGCUACGUUGAUUUUGGGCUUGAGCUGGCGACAAGAGUGGAUAAAGACAAACCAGCAGAUAGUGCCGAUAAAUCCUUGUUUCAGUUAGCUGCAAGUUUCCAACCUAAUUCGUACUUACUAGUAAAGGGGAAGUUAGGUAUGUCCAAAUAUUCUGCAGCUUUGGUGUGCAAGCUUCCACCCUACUUCAGAUUAAGUGUCACAGCUGAAAAUGACCGUUCGAAGGGUACAUCAUAUGGACUUGGAAUCUGUAUCGGGGAGAUCAUGGAACCCUGUUACCACACAGUCAAUUCAGACGGGACAGUCUUGACAAAAACUGAAGAGAGAUUUGAUGGGGAGAAGACAAAGCGCACGUUCCAAUUUGAUCGUGUUGCCGAGGAAUUUGAUAAUUUACCAGCAGAGAUGAAACCUAUUGACAAAAUACUGUAA